CAUAUGAAAGAGUUUUAUUUGAAAUCGAUGCUGAUCCUAGUAAAGAUCGUGUUAAACCAUUUGCUGAUCUUUCAAAAUUUAGUUAUUUCCCCGAAGAAGAAUUUUUAAUGACACUUGGAUCAGUUUUCUAUUUAAAAAAUAUUUAUCUUGGUGAAAAUCAUAUAUGGCAUAUUGAAAUGGAUUUAUAUGGUAAUAUUGAUUAUGAUUUACAUAAUACAUUUCAUCAUUUACAAAAUCAAUAUAGUUUAAAUACUCAACAAAAAAAAGGUGAUAUUAAACAAGCAUUACAAUCCUAUGAAAAAGUAUUAACAAUUUUUCAACAACAAUCCAAUCGCAAUGAACAGACUCUAGCAUGGUGUUAUAAUAAUUUAGGCGCUAUUUAUGAAGAUAAAAAAGAAUACGAUAAAGCUCGUGAUUAUCUUAACAAAGCAUUAAAUAUUAAAUUAAAAUAUCUUCCACGUAAACAUCCUUGUUUAAGUAAUACAUAUAAUAAUCUUGGUAAUAUUCAUUAUUAUUUUCAUGACUAUGACCAAGCAUUAGAUAUGUAUCAAUUAUCAUAUGAAAUUUUAAGUAAAAGUCUUACACCUGGACAUCCUUCAAUAGCUAGAUUACUGAUGAAUAUAGGUAUUGUUUAUGAAACUAAACAAGAUUUUAAUGAAGCAAACAUAAAUUAUGAAAACGCAAGUUUGAUUUGUACAAAAAUUUUAUCUUUAACACAUCCUGAUCGAAUUAGUACUCAAAAUGAUCUUAUUCGUUAA